AGUGGGGACCAGAGGGGGGUACUCAGCAGUUGGUGCUGCGCCAUCCCUUCCCAGCAGGCGGCCCGGACACUGGUUCACUUCUCUCCCCACGCCUUCCCCUGGUUCACCCCCCUUCCUUCCCCUUUCUCCCCCUCUGUUAAGUCCCUCCCCCUCGCCAUUCAAAAGGGCUGGCUCGGCACUGGCUCCUUGCAGUCGGCGAACUGUCGGGGCGGGAGGAGCCGUGAGCAGGAGCUUCACUCAGCUGCCCGCGCGGCAAAGCGGAAGGCAAGCCAAACAGAGUGCGCAGAGUGGCAGAGCCAGCGGCGAUACAGGCAGUACAGGCAGCCCGGGCUGCCUGAAUAGCCUCAGAAGCAACCUCAGCGACUCCGGCUGCUCUGCGGACUGCGAGCUGUGGCGGUAGAGCCCGCUACAGCAGUCGCAGUCUCCGUGGAGCGGGCGGAAGCCUUUUUUUCUCCUUUUCGUUUUACCUCUUCAUUCUACUCUAAAGGCAUCGUUAAUAGAGGGUGUUUAAAAAGUACAGAUCAACUGGAUGGAUGAAUGGAUGGAAGAGGAUGGAAUAUCAUAACAAAACACAUUUUCCUUAAGUAAAUUCAUGCAUACUCCAAAUUAAAUACAGAAUGUGAAGUAUCUCUGAACUGUGCUGUUGAAUAUGGUAGCUACUAGCUACAUAAUCCUGGAUGAUUUGCUGCUAACAGCACUCUGAGGUCCUGCCAUGGAACCUCCUAUCUAGUGCAGCAUUUGGGUUAUUGAAGCCCUAUCUCUUCAGUGCAUCUAUUUCAUUUAAGUUUAAACUGAUUAUAACAUACUGGAGGCAAAGACCUUUUUCUUCCCCUCCCACUUUUUAUCCCCCACUCAACAGCUGAUUGCAGAACACUAUGAAGACUCAACGACAGUGGGUUUUAAUUCAGAUAUUUCAAGUGCUGUGCGGGUUAACACAACGAACUAUAAGAAGUCGGCCUGUUAUGGACUUGUUGUCCGGGACGUACAUAUUCGCGGUCCUCCUAGCAUGCGUGGUGUUCCACUCUGGCGCCCAGGAGAAGAACUACACCAUCCGGGAAGAAAUGCCAGAAAACGUCCUGAUAGGCGACUUGUUGAAAGACCUUAACUUGUCGCUGGUUCCAAACAAGUCCUUGACAUCUGCUAUGCAGUUCAAGCUAGUGUACAAGACCGGAGAUGUGCCACUGAUUCGAAUUGAAGAGGAUACUGGUGAGAUCUUCACUACUGGCGCUCGCAUUGAUCGUGAGAAAUUAUGUGUUGGUAUCCCAACGGAUGAGCAAUGCUUUUAUGAAGUGGAGGUUGCCAUUUUGCCGGAUGAAAUAUUUAGACUGGUUAAGAUACGUUUUCUGAUAGAAGAUAUAAAUGAUAAUGCACCAUUGUUCCCAACAACGGUUAUCAACAUAUCAAUUCCAGAGAACUCGGCUAUAAACUCUAAAUAUACUCUCCCAGCGGCCAUUGAUCCUGACGUAGGAAUAAACGGAGUUCAAAACUACGAGCUAAUUAAGGGUCAAAACAUUUUUGGCCUCGAUGUCAUUGAAACACCAGAAGGAGAAAAGAUGCCACAACUGAUAGUUCAAAAGGAGUUAGAUAGGGAAGAGAAAGAUACCUACGUGAUGAAAGUAAAGGUUGAAGAUGGUGGCUUUCCUCAAAGAUCCAGUACUGCUAUUUUGCAAGUAAGUGUUACUGAUACAAAUGACAACCACCCAGUAUUUAAGGAAACGGAGAUUGAAGUCAGUAUACCAGAAAAUGCUCCCGUAGGCACUUCAGUGACACAGCUCCAUGCCACAGAUGCUGACAUAGGUGAAAAUGCCAGGAUCCACUUCUCUUUCAGCAAUCUAGUCUCCAACAUUGCCAAAAGAUUAUUUCACCUCAACUCCACCACUGGACUUAUCACAAUCAAAGAACCACUGGAUAGGGAAGAAACACCAAACCACAAGUUACUGGUUUUGGCAAGUGAUGGUGGAUUGGUUCCAGCAAGAGCAAUGGUGCUGGUAAAUGUUACAGAUGUCAAUGAUAAUGUCCCAUCCAUUGACAUAAGAUACAUCGUCAAUCCAAUCAAUGACACAGUUGUUCUUUCAGAAAAUGUUCCACUCAACACCAAAAUUGCUCUCAUAACUGUGACGGAUAAGGAUGCGGACCAUAAUGGCAAGGUGACAUGUUUCACAGAUCAUGAAAUCCCUUUCAGAUUAAGGCCAGUAUUCAGUAAUCAGUUCCUCCUGGAGACAGCAGCAUAUCUUGACUACGAGUCUACAAAAGAAUAUGCCAUUAAAUUACUGGCUGCAGAUUCUGGCAAACCUCCUUUGAAUCAGUCAGCAAUGCUCUUCAUCAAAGUGAAAGAUGAAAAUGACAAUGCUCCAGUUUUCACCCAGUCUUUAGUAACCGUUUCUAUUCCUGAGAAUAACUCUCCUGGCAUCCAAUUGACGAAAGUAAGUGCAACAGAUGCAGACACUGGGCCUAAUGCUGAGAUCAAUUUCCUGCUAGGCCCUGAUGCUCCACCUGAGUUCAGCCUGGAUCGUCGUACAGGCAUGCUGACUGUAGUGAAGAAACUAGAUAGAGAAAAAGAGGAAAAGUAUUUCUUCACAGUUCUGGCAAAAGAUAACGGGGUGCCACCCUUAACCAGCAAUGUCACAGUCUUUGUAAGUGUUAUUGAUCAGAAUGACAACAGCCCAGCUUUCACUCACAAUGAAUACAACUUCUAUGUCCCAGAAAACCUUCCAAAACAUGGUACAGUGGGACUAAUCACUGUAACUGAUCCUGAUUAUGGAGAGAAUUCUGCAGUUACUCUCUCCAUUUUAGACGAGAAUGAUGGCUUCACCAUUGAUUCAAAAACUGGUGUCAUCCGACCAAAUAUUUCAUUUGAUAGAGAAAAACAAGAAUCUUACACUUUCUAUGUAAAGGCUGAGGAUGGUGGUAGAGUAUCACGUUCUUCAAGUGCCAAAGUAACCAUAAAUGUGGUUGAUGUCAAUGACAACAAACCAGUUUUCAUUGUCCCUCCUUCCAACUACUCUUAUGAAUUGGUUCUACCAUCCACUGAUCCAGGCACAGUGGUCUUUCAGGUAAUUGCUGUUGACAAUGACACUGGCAUGAAUGCAGAGGUUCGUUAUAGCAUUGUAGGAGAAAACACAAGAGAUCUGUUUGAAAUCAACGAAACAACAGGCAACAUAAUAAUGAAGGAGAAAUGUGAUGUUACAGACCUUGGUUUACACAGAGUGUUGGUCAAAGCUAAUGACUUAGGACAACCUGAUUCUCUCUUCAGUGUUGUAACUGUCAAUCUGUUUGUGAAUGAGUCAGUGACCAAUGCUACACUGAUUAAUGAACUGCUACACAAAAGCACUGAAGCACCAGUGACCCCAAAUACUGAGAUAGCUGAUGCAUCCUCACCAACUAUUGACUAUGUCAAGAUCCUGGUUGCAGUUGUUGCUGGCACCAUAACUGUCGUUGUAGUUAUUUCCAUCACUGCUGUAGUAAGAUGUCGCCAGGCACCACACCUUAAGGCUGCUCAGAAAAACAAGCAGAAUUCUGAAUGGGCUACCCCAAACCCAGAAAACAGGCAGAUGAUAAUGAUGAAGAAAAAGAAAAAGAAGAAGAAGCAUCCCCCUAAGAACCUGCUGCUUAACUUUGUCACUAUUGAAGAAACUAAAGCAGAUGAUGUUGACAAUGAUGGAAACAGCAUCACACUAGAACUUCCUAUUGAUCUAGAAGAGCAAACCAUGGGCAAGUACAAUUGGGUAACUACACCUACUACUUUCAAGCCCGACAGCCCUGAUUUGGCCCGACACUACAAAUCUGCCUCUCCACAGCCUGCCUUCCAGAUUCAGCCUGAAACUCCCCUGAAUUCGAAGCACCACAUCAUCCAAGAACUGCCUCUCGAUAACACCUUUGUGGCCUGUGAUUCUAUCUCCAAGUGUUCCUCAAGCAGUUCAGAUCCCUACAGCGUUUCUGACAGUGGCUAUCCAGUGACAACCUUCGAGGCACCUGUGUCUGUACACGCCAGACCGCCAAUGAAGGAGAUCAUGCGAUCUUGCACCCCCAUGAAAGAGUCUACUACUGUGGAGGUCUGGAUUCAUCCCCAACCACAGCGGAAAUCUGAAGGGAAAGGAGCAGGAAAGUCCCAGCGGCGUGUCACAUUUCACCUGCCAGAAGGCUCUCAGGAAAGCGGCAGUGAUGGUGGACUGGGGGACCAGGAUGCAGGCAGCCUUACCAGCACAUCCCAUGGCCUGCCCCUUGGCUAUCCUCAGGAGGAGUACUUUGAUCAUGUCACACCCAGCAAUCGCACUGAAGGGGAUGGCAACUCCGAUCCUGAAUGUACUUUCAUUCCUGGACUAAAGAAAGCUGCAGAAAUAACUGUUCAACCAACUGUGGAAGAGGCCUCCGACAACUGCACUCCAGAGUGUCUCAUCUAUGGCCAUUCUGAUGCCUGCUGGAUGCCAGCGUCUCUGAAUGAUUCCAGCUCUUCGCAAGCACAGGCCUCUGCUCUAUGCCACAGCCCACCACUGUCACAGGCCUCUACUCACCACCACAGCCCACCAGUGACACAGACCAUUGCUCUCUGCCACAGCCCUCCAGUGACACAGACCAUCGCAUUAUGCCAUAGCCCUCCACCAAUACAGAUCUCUGCUCUCCACCAUAGUCCUCCUCUAGCGCAGGCUACCGCACUUCGCCACAGCCCACCAUCAGCACAGGCCUCAGCCCUCUGCUACAGCCCUCCUUUAGCACAGGCUGCUGCAAUCUGCCACAGCUCUCCUCUGCCCCAGGUUACUGCCCUCCAUCGCAGCCAGGCCCAGUCGUCAGUCAGUUUGCAGCAAGGUUGGGUGCAAGGUGCUGAUGGACUAUGCUCUGUUGAUCAGGGAGUGCAAGGUAGUGCAACAUCUCAGUUUUACACCAUGUCUGAGAGACUUCAUCCCAGUGAUGAUUCAAUUAAAGUCAUUCCUUUGACAACCUUCACUCCACGCCAACAGGCCAGACCCUCCAAAGGUGAUUCUCCCAUUAUGGAAGAACAUCCCUUGUAAAGCUAAAAUAAUUACUUCGAAUUUUCAGAAAAGACAUAUGUAAUCAAAAUUUAAGAUACAAUUUCAAUGAGUAUUCUGAUUAUCAGAUUUGUAAAUAGCUAUGUAAAUAGAAACAGAUACCAGAAUAAGUCUAGAGCUAGACCCUUAGUCAAAAGUUAACCAAAAAAUUGCAAUUUGUUUAAUUCAGAAUGUGUAUUUAAAAAGAAAAGGAAUUUAACAAUUUGCAUCCCCUUGUACAGUAAGGUUUAUCAUGACGGAGCGUACUAUUUCUGAUGUACAGUAUUUUUUGUUAUUUUUAUCAUCGUGUGCAAUAUUACUGAUUUUUUUCCAUGCUGAUUGUGUGGAACCAGUAUGUAGCAAAUGGAAAGCUUAGAAAUAUCUUAUUUUCUAAGUUUACCUUUAGUUUAUCUAAACUUUUGUUCAAAUAAUGGUAAAAGAUAUACAUAUUCUAGCCUUUUUUUGGGCUUUCUGUUUGAUUUUUGUUUGUUGUUUUCAGGUUUUAUUUUAUUGUUGUUGUUGUUGUUAGUGAGUCUCCCCUCAAAAUACACAGUAGGUAGUGUAAAUACCACUUGUGUGUGUCUCUCUCUCUGCUUUCACGUUUUCUACCUUAUUCCAGUACUAUAUUGUUGAUAUAAUUUGUAUAUACAUUUUCAAUAAGGAAUAUAUAUAAACUGUACAGAUCUAGAUCUACAACCUAUUUCUCUACUCUUUAGUAGAGUUCGAGACACAGAAGUGCAAUAACUGCCCAAAUUAGGCAACUAUUUGCUAAAAAGGGCCUCUUUUUACUUUAAUAGUUUAGUGUAAAGUACAUCAGAAAUAAAACAGUAUCUGCCAUUUUAAGCCUGUAGCCCAUUAUUACUUGGAUCUUUACUUCUGGGAAUUUGUAUGUAACAGCCUAGAAAAUUAAAAGGAGGUGGAUGCAUUCAAAGCACGAGUCACUUACAAUAUUGACAGUAAACUACUAUUUUGUGGAGAAACUCAGGAAGAUUUAAAUGUUGAUUUGACAGCUCAAUAGGCUGUUACCAAAGGGUGUUCAGUAAAAAUAACAAAUACAUAUAACUGUAGAUAAAACCAUAUACUAAAUCUAUAAGACUAAGGGAUUUUUGUUAUUCUAGCUCAACUUACCGAAGAAAACCACUAAUAACAACAAGACUACCAGGAAGGAACUUUUCAAGAAAUGUAAUUAUAAAUCUACAUCAAACAUAGAAUUUUAAGGAAAAAUGCAGAGGGAGAAAUAAGGCACAUGACUGCUUGUGCCUUAUUCAACAAGAAACACCUGAAAAACACGCACAGAACAAAAACCAUCAAAAUCUCAUAUAUGAAAUAAAAUAUGUUCUUCUAAGCAAAGAAACAGUAUUAUUCAUAGAAAACAUUAGUUUUCUUCUCUUGUCUGUUCUUUAUUUCCUUCUUUUAUCUCUUAACUGGCCAUUAUCUUCUAUGUGCACAUUUUAUAAAUUUACAGAAACACCAUCAACUUAAUUUUCUUCCAUAGCAAAACUGAGAAAAUACCUUGUUUCAGUGUAACACUAAACCAAGAGACAAUUGAUGUUUAACGGGGGUGGUCGGGGAGUGGGGGAGUCAAUAUCUCCCAUUGAUUAAAUUAGACAUAGAUUUUCUAACGUGUAACUUGAUAUUUAAUUUAUGAUGAAACUGUGUGUAAAUUUUGUAACAUAAACUGUGGUAAUUGCAUAAUUUCAUUGGUGCGGUUUUCCACUGAGUGUUGAGAAAGCUUCUUUUCAUGUGUCCAGCAGAUUAAGUAGCGUUUUCAGAAUAUACAUUAUUCUCAUCCAUUGUAAAGCUCCUUAAAUCAUAUUUUAUUGGGUGUGCAGAAUAACUUCUUAACUUUUAACUAUCAGAGUUUGAUUAGUAAAAUUAAUUUAUUUAUUUUAUCCUUUGUGUUAAUGUUCCAAGGGAUUUGGAGCCUACUGGCUUUCCAGGUGCACGUGAAUCCUGAAGGACUGAUGAUAUUUGGAAGUUUAUUAAAUUAUUAUCAUACAAAUGUGUUGAUAUUUUUGCUAUUGUUGUUGAUGUUGAAAAUCUUAAACUUGGGGAAGAUUAAGAAAAGAACCAAUAGUGACAAACGUCAGUGCUUCCAGUAGAUUUUAGAACAUAUUUUUGCCUCAAAUACCUGCAAAGAUGAUGUGAGUGAGAUUUUUUUCUUGUAUUUUAAUUUUUUUCACAUUUUCUCUCUGCAGACCUUUAGUUUUCUUACGAUCUAUACACACACAUACAUGCACACACACACACACACACACAGAUACACACAUUUAAAGAAUAAAAAGAAGAGGCUGAAAGAUUAUUAAAUAGCUUGUCAGGCAUCUUAAUGGUUACUAUCUAUGUUAAAAAUUAUCAAAUAGGACCCAAAGUUGGAUAUUUGGGAUUUUUCUUCUGAUGGUAGAAUUUAUUGAGUUACUAGGGAGGUUCUUAAAUCCUCAUAUCUGGAAACUUGUGUUGUGAACUUUUGACACCUUUCCUAUAGAUAUAGGAAUGAACCAAUACGCUUUUAUUACCCUUUCUAACUCUGAUUUUAUAAUCAGACUUAGACUGUGUUUAGAAUAUUAAACGACUGGGCACCCUCUUCUUGGUUUUUACCAGAGAGGCUUUGAAUGGAAGCAGGCUGAGAGUAGCCAAAGAGGCAAGGGGUAUGAGCCCAGUUAUUCUCCCCUAUGCCAUCUCUUUCUAAGCUUCCACUAGGUCUGGCCUUGGAAACCUGUAACUUCUAGGGCUUCAGAUCUGAUGAUACCUUUUUCAUCACAUUACAAGUUAUUUCUGUGGCUGAAUAGACAGUGGUAUAGGUUGACACAGUACACAAGUGGCUAUUGUGAUGUAUGAAUAUGUAGUCCUAGAACUGCAAAAUGUCUUACUGAACCAACAAUCAAAAAAUGUUUGUUUUAAAAAGGAUUUCGUGUGAUUUGAAAUUAAAACUUCAAACUGAAUGACUUAUAUGAGAAUAAUACAUUCAAUCAAAGUAGUUAUUCUAUUUUGUGUCCAUAUUCAAUUAGAUUGUGAUUAAUUUUCUAGCUAUGGUAUUACUAUAUCACACUUGUGAGUAUGUAUUCAAAUACUAAGUAUCUUAUAUGCUACGAGCAUACACAUUCUUUUCUUAAACUUCACCUUCGUUUUAGCUAAUAUUGUGCCAGUGUAUUAAAAAUUAGGUUUUACAUAUGGUAUCUACAAUGUAAUAAAUUUAGAGAGUAAUUUUGUGUAGUCUUAUUUAGUUACUUAACAUUUUAUUUUUGAUUAUGUAAAUUUGGUUAGAAAAUAAUGAUCAUUAAAUGGUUAGUGCUAUUGUGUAAUGGUAACAGUUACAAAGAGCCUCUGCCUUCCAAAACUAAUAUUUAUCACACACGGUCAUUAAAUGGGAAAAAAUUGACUAAACAAAUCACUAAUUGUUCAGUUCUGAAAAUGUAAUCAUGUCACACACGUAAAAAAAAUCCUUUUCAAUCCUGAGAAAAUUAAGGGAGUUUUACUCACAUGUAUAUUUCAACAUUAGUUUUUUGUUUGUUUGUUUGUUUCUUUUUCAUGGUAUUACUGAAGGUGUGUAUACUUCCUAAUAUACAUUUAUGAAAAUCUACUUGUUUAGACUUUUAUUUAUACUCUUCUGAUUUAUAUUUUUUAUUAUAGUUAUUAUUUCUUAUCUUUCUUCUUUUAUAUUUUUUGAAACCAAAUUUAGAGUUAGUUUAGGUAAACUUUUUAUCAUGAUCAUUAGUAACUAUCUUGAAUGUUUCCAACUGGCCCAGUUGGCCGGGAAAACAUGAGAGCAAGAGAAGCUGAAAUGUAUUUCUACAAAAACCUUUCUAUAUUAUGUGCCAAUUACCACACCAGAUCAAUUUUAUGCAGAGGCCUUAAAAUAUUCUUUCACAGUAGCUUUCUUACACUAACCAUCAUGUGCUUUUUAGUAAAUGUGAUUUUUAAAAGCAGUGUAAGUUGACAACAGCAGAAGCAGUAACAAAAAAUCUGCUCAGAAAAAUGUAUGUGCACAAAUAAAAAAAAAUUGAUGGCAAUUGUUUAGUGAUUGUAAGUGAUACUUUUUAAAGAGUAAACUGUGUGAAAUUUAUACUAUCCCUACUUAAAAUAUUAAGAAUUUUAUGAAAUAUGUAUUUAUGUUUGUAUUGUGGGAAGAUUCCUCCUCUGUGAUAUCAUACAGCAUCUGAAAAUGAACAGUAUCCUAAAGCAGUUCUAACCAUGCUUUGGAAGUAAGAAGGUUGGCUACUGUAUGGCCAAGGAUGGCAGUAUGUAAUCCAGCAGCAAACUGGUAUUAAUUGUUCUAUUUCAGGUUCUGUAUUGCAUGUUUUCUUAUUAAUCUAUAUAUUAAUAAAAGUUAUGAGAAAUAAA